UAGUCUCUUUUGCGACCAUUCUUACGCUAGUUACAGUCUCUUCUUUCCUAUUCGGUGCAUAGACUAGCUCGAUACGUGUUGUGUGUUACAUUUACAGAUGAAUGGUUAUAAAUCCACGCAGAUAGCUCGAGAACUGUUAGGCUAAACCAUUUUCAGAUCAGGAUAAACCAGGCUUCAGAAAAGAGUUGCAAUGCAAACAGUUUUAUUAUAGAAUAUCGCUAUUUGAUUUAACUAAAUGAUUUUCCCAUAAUUUGUCUAUGCGUGGUCGGUUUCAAUGUACUUUAACAUUCAGCCCAUCAGUUUAGGUGCAGUCAGUCGUUUUUCCGGUAGCGAUGCUAUUUUUUACAAAACUCAUGCACUCUUGGAAGAUGGAAAUUGCAGGAGGAUUUGCCUCAGCAUCCUUUUAAGGGCAUAUUCCUUGGAUCAAGGCACAAUACCAUGACUGAACUCUGGCAGAAUGCCAUGGACCAUGCUGUGGCUCUGGCCAGGAAAGCAGGAUCGCUUGUAAGGGAUGCCGUACAGAACGACAUGAAGGUUAUGUUGAAGAGUUCUUCUGUGGACCUGGUGACCAAAACUGACCAAAAGGUGGAGCAACUCAUUAUAGACUCUGUGAAGGAGAAAUUCCCCACACACAGUUUCAUAGGCGAGGAGUCGGUGGCUGCUGGAGAGCCCUGUGUUCUAACUGACAACCCAACAUGGAUUGUUGAUCCGGUAGACGGGACCACUAACUUUGUACACGGAUAUCCAUUUGUUGCGGUGUCUAUUGGCUUUGCCGUCAACAAAAAGCUGGAGUUUGGAGUGGUGUACAGUUGCAUAGAAGACAAGAUGUAUACGGCCAGGACGGGGCAGGGAGCCUUCUGCAAUGGACAGCCCCUUCAUGUGUCGGACCAGAAAGAAAUCACUCAGUCUAUCAUUGCUACUGAGUUUGGUUCCAACAGAGACACGGAGGUGGUUGACAAAAUCUUCUCCAGCAUGAGGAAGAUCCUGUGUUUACCCAUCCACGGGAUUCGAGGUGUGGGUACAGCGGCUACCAACAUGUGUCUGGUGGCGUCGGGCUGCGUGGAGGCCUACUAUGAGAUAGGGAUGCACUGCUGGGACAUCGCUGCCGGGGCCGUUAUAGUCACAGAGGCAGGCGGCGUCCUCAUGGAUGUAGAUGGUGGACCGUUGGACCUCAUGUCCAGAAGGGUGGUUGCUGCAAAUAACAAGAUGAUCGCUGAAAGGAUUGUCAAAGAGAUUGACGCGUUUACCCCUCUGCGAGAUGAUGCACCUAUAGAGACAAAAGAUUGAACAAGGAAAAUAGCAAUGUUUUUUUGUCAUAUUCUUAGAAAUAAAAUGUGUUUUGUAAGCUUUAUUUAUUUUUCGAAUGAUAACUCUGCUCUUGAACAAUUCUCGUAAUUUAAAGCCAAACUUUUGGUCCUAGCAUUCUGUGUUUCAUAAAUUUGAAUUUGUUCAUUUUUAAAUAUUAUAAUUGUUUAAUGGUCUACUGAUCAGGAAGAUAAUCUAUGUUUAAACCAGUGUAAUCCUGGAGAUCAGUAGUGUAUAUGCAUCACCAGUCAUUAAAGUACUGUAUGUAAAUAUAUAUAUAUAUAUAUAGCAUAGUGAAUUUAUGAUGGUCCCGAAAUGUAAGUCGCUCUGGAUAGGAGUGUCUGCUAAAUGACGUUAAUGGAAGUCAAUUCAAGGUUUAAUGCAGCUGGAAAAGGAGUGUGAAAGGUCCGGAUUGAACUAUGUACACUAAACGUUGCACCCUACUUGACUGCAUUUUCAUUUGAAAUGUGCUGUUUAAAUUGAGUGGGUUUUUGUAUCCACUUGCAUAAUAUAGUUCUGUACUUACUUAAAA